UAUCGGCAACAUCAAAAUGGAUCUGCUUGACUCAAUACUUAACUCAAUGGAUGCUCCGCCAACCACAAAUGAACAGCAAAAGACGCUGAUCAAAAAACAGCGGGAAAUGGUGGAGCGGAUGCAAAACAAGCAAAAGGAAGAGCUGUUGCGAUUUCGAAAGUACGUCGAGGAAAGGAUGGGACGAUUUGCUAAGGAUGAUCGCACAUACAUUGAGUUCCAGCCGUUGGACAAGGUGCAUCGCUCAGUUAUACACGAAAUAGCGGAAAAUGGUGGUUUCAUAGCAAUGAGCUUUGGCCGCGAGGACGAGGACCGGCACUCGGUAGUCUACAAGAAGGAACACCCACCCAGCGAGGACGAGGUAACAGCCCGUCGUAACGGCGAAGGCUGGAGCAAGGACAUAGCCAAAGAAUACUCUGAGCGGCGGAAAGAGCGCCUAGCCCAGGAGCAAAGUCUGAUCGACAAGCAAUCCACAUCUGAAGCGAGCUCCAGCGCAGCCCACAGCAGCAGCGCGGACACCAGCGCUGAAGUGAAACCAACCUCCAAUUAUAAAACAAAAUAUGCCCACCUUAUCGGCGAAUCGGCGGCCCUGCAAGCAGCCCGCAAAACAGAAACGAAUCAAAGCUAUGGCUUUGUGCCCAGUAAGAACAAAAAGGACAUGCGGUCCAUUGAGCAGACGCUGGCCGACAUAAAAGCCAAGAAGCGUUUGAAAUUGCAACAGCAGCAGCAGGAGCAGGAGCAGGAACACGAACUGACAGCGUCGCAGGCUGAGAAUCACGACGCAGAACAGCGAUAAAAAUAAAAAUGUGCGGAAAAUAGUAAUAAGAUAAUAAGUGAAAACGACACCACGUGGAUGAGGCGCAUAACGAGGUUGGAAACAGCAAAGAAAUGUUCAUCAAACUGUUUUUGGAAUUGAAUUUGAAUCAAUUGAAAAUGGGUGAAAAGGCUACUUUUAACCUUAAAUAAUUGGCUGUAGCAAUUACAAGGCAACAGGACACGUGGAAAUUAUGAUGUCUUCCAUUUUAAUAAAACACUGCGUGUCUGGCGAGUUUGAAUACGUCAGCAACUUGUCGAUCGACUUAAACAGGGCUGUGCCUGGAAUAAGUGUUGCUCCUUAUAAAGUGAGGCAAGUUCCAGAUGCUAAAUGAAUCCGAAAGCAAUGAGAUCUCGUCCAAAUGGAGUACCUAGCUGUUGGUCAAGUAGGACCGGCUUAUUUUAUACCUGAAGGAUGCUGCACUCGAAUAAAAAGAAACAACUGCCAGAUGCCAAAUAGACCUGAACUAUGAAUACGUCACCUAUUUGUCGUUCUACUAAUACCGUGUUGUGCCUGGACUGUAUGUGGUUCCUAAUAAAGUGAAGCAACUCCCAGAUGCUAAAAGGGAUCUAUGGAACGCACGUCCAGUGGAGCACCUCAAAGUCGUCCAAUUGACAUGUUUCUAUGUGUAUUGUUUGAUUAUUAAGAUGUGCACUAUAUUAAAACUAUAUAUGUUACUAGAGGCAUUUGUUAUCUUUGAGUCAA